CACCCGCACAAGCUCAAGCCCAGCCUGCACACCCGAGCAGCACCGGUCCACCCACUCGCCCCUCCUCGACCACCCACCAACCAACCAUGUCGCCCAUCUCGGACGUCCUCCUGAGCAACCUCGCCAACACGCUUGGCACCCUCGCAGUCGCCGGCAUCGUCAUCUACCAGUUCCUCGAGGUCAACGACAAGCGCGAGCGCGAGCGCAGGGCCCUCGCCGCCGACACCGCCCAGCACUAGAUCCCGCACCUCUCAGGCCCCCCCCCGUUCAGCAACCGCCGCUGGCUCGUCGAGGUCACCCUCUCGUCCUCGUUCGCUCUCAACCCUCGGACCGACACCUCGCCCCGCCUGCCCGCCCGCUCGCUCGCCUGGCGCUCAAAGAUACCCUCCUCGCCGUCGAUACCCUCUCCAGCACCGACUCGCAGUCUCGGCGCACGCAAUGCAGCCAGCCGUCACCCUCGC